AGUGCGAACGGGAGUGAAACGCGCGUGUGCGGUGAACGCGAUUUUUGAAAAUUUCAAAUUGUUCAUGUGUGUAAUGAGUAAAAUGCGUUUACUGAUCGGAUUUAACGAAAACUAACCAAUUCAAUAUAUUUGCUAAAUGUAAAUUCAAAAGAAUACGCGAUUAACUUAAUAGUUUAACAAAAAGUAAAUUAAAUGUGAAUCACAGUAGAAACGAAAUAUAUAAAAUGCAAUAAAAUGUAAGCGAAAAUUAACCAACGAACGUGUAUGUGAGAUAGUGCAAAAAGAAGAAAGAGAGUAAGCAAUAACUAAGAAUUGAUAAAAAUGCCAUAAGUGCCGACCGCGACAAACAAACGGCGACGAAGGUAAAUGGAAACGUUAAUAAUGCAAAAGCGGUGAAGAAAAAACGACAAGUGAACAAAAUCGCGAGAAGUCUUGUACACCCAAAGGUGUUAUGUGUUUUGUUUAAAUAUAAACAAGUAGACAAAUUUGUAUAAACGAACGAAAUCGGUCAUUGAAAAACGUGCAACUUUGAAGCAAUGAAGGUCACCGUGUGUUUUGGUGCCAUUCGCAUUGUCGUGCCAUGCGGCAGUGGCGAUUUACUGGUGAAGGAUCUUAUCAACGAGGCAACCAGGCGUUACAAGAAAGCAGCAGGAAAGGUAAGCAAUUUGCAACAUGCUGUUUUAUUUCGCAUUCCAUUCGCUGAGAGGCAGGUGCACUUGGUAAUAUUUCCUCUAUAUUCCACAAGCUAUAAAUACAAACAUACACAUAUACACAUACAAAUUUGUAUACCACGCUUACUUUCAACUAAGCCGCUACAGCAUUGCACCAUCAAUAAAUGCCAACUGGAGGCACAAAAUGUUGGAUAACAAAAGCAACCCUCAUACGGCACCUAUAGAGGAGUUCUGCCUACAUAUCCAAGUAUAUCCAAGCACACACAUUUUUUUUUUCUGGUUAGCCUCUGGCUUUGUUUAUAUACAAAAGGAAGUUUGGCACUUGGCGACGUGCCAUCAAUUUUUUAUCUUAUCAGAGGUCAUCUAUUUACCAUAGAAUUUUGUAUAGUGCAACCUACUAUAAUAAGUCAUGAAUGUGGGUUCUCGUAUGUGUAAGCAAAUAGUUCCUGCCUAGCGGCGGUCUUUGUUGACUUACUAUGAGGCUACAUGUCAGCCCAUUCCACGGUAAUCGUAGCGCUACACAUUUUU